CCCCUGCCUGCACCCCAGCCCACUCCGACGAGGCCUAGCCCCUGUGCGCCCGCCCCCUGCCUGCUCCGGCGAGGCCUAGCCCCUGUGCGCCCGCCCCCUGCCUGCUCCGGCGAGGCCGAGCUGUCGCAUGCCCCCCCUACCUGCUCCUCGUCGCGCGCACUCCCGCCCCCUGCCAGCUCCUCGCCGCCCGCCCGCCCCUUGCCUGCUUCGGCGAGGCCGAGCCGGCGUGAGCCCACGCCCCGGCCCGCUCUGACAAGGACGAGCUGCCGUGCGCGCGCGCCCAGCACGCACGGGGUCGAGGUCAGUCGGCGGCGGAGGACGCGGCCGUGCCCAACCGUGAGAAGCUGGUGAAUCGGCGUUGGUGGCGAUGCAGGGGCCCUGCGGCGGUGGGUUCGAGGCCAGGCGGCGGACGCGGCCGUGGCCAGCCGCUUGACCCCGGCGAGCGGCUCCUCGCUGCCAGAUGCUCCUGUCGUGGCCGGCCACUAGUGAAUCGACAACGACGACGAUGCAUGGUCCUUGCGGCGGUGGGGUUCGAGUCCAAUCUGUGGCGGCGAUGCCAGGGCCCUGCGGCGGUGGUUGGACCCCGUUUUGGACGGGAAACAACGGCGAAGGGCGGAUCUGGAGGUGGGAGACCGAUUCCGUUCGGAUCUGGAGUCCGGCAGUGCGGCGGCAGCUAGGUACGGCCGCGUCCGCCGCCGCCAGUCGUCAAGGAGCGCCCCCGAGCAGAUGUGAGGAGGAAGACUGAGGUGUGAGGCUGACAUGUGGGCCCUUUGCCACCUCAGCAUAUAAUCCAGCUAGGCACGCCAAAUCAGCCUGACAUGUGAGGCCAACUCGUCAGCUCCACUGUUAGACGCGUCUCAAUUUCGAAUUAGUGCGAUUUGUUACUCACUUGCCGUGGAGUCAGUGGUUUUUCCUGAUUUUUGACAAAAACGGUGGUUUUGGAGUACUCUAGCCACAAACGUGGUGGCUUUGAGCAAUUUACUCAUCAUAUGUUCCAGAUCAGAUACACGCUCAAAGUUCUAUUUGGCGUACAAAUUAUUACGCCGGAGAGUCCACAUGGCACAGGCGCGGGGAAAGCCUUUGUGAGUUUCAAGCGCGGCAAAUCCUUUGUUAGAACACUUGAGCAGGACGGGCUGGACCUGGGAGAUGGUCACAAGCUAUGCGUGACGAAAUGGCUCGAGCUGCUGAACCUUCCAUGGCAUGGUAACAAGGAGAGAGGAGCUUUUCCAGCAAAAGAAAAGGAGAGAGGAGAAGUAAAUGUUCAAGGAAGCUCAACACGGCAUGUCCAGGCUGCUAACUGGCUUACGCCGAGGCGCAGGAAAGAGGAUCGUGUUCGAGGACUGAGUGAGGUGUUGACACCUCAUCAGCAAGGAAUUAUCAAGAAUGACUUGCAACCAUAUGCACUGAAACUCUCGUGACUUGUGCAGUUGUGCUUGACUUGAGUACGAUGGUGAUAUGCUCGAAUAUGUGAUAUGGUCGCUGACGUCCAACUGUGAAUGCUAGCCCAUCAAUUAUAUACCUAGAAAUUUUUGCUUAGAGUACCGUAUUUUUUUGACAACCAUGCGC